AAAUAACAAAAGUGACUAUCAAUAGGGAACAGACUCAAAGGGAGUAUUAAAAAUUGAGCCGAGCACAGCAGGCACCGUCGAUCCUUCACGAUUAAACUAGAUUCCAAAGCCAAGACUGUUCAAAAUAAAAUUUGAAUGAACCCAAACAAAUUCCAAUGGCAAAACUCUCUCCAAGACUCUCUUAUUUCCUGCUCUGCCUCCUCCUCUUCCACCCACCACAACCCACCGAAGCCAUAAUCUCCUACGCUCAACUCCGCACCAUAUUAUCCCUCUCACAUUCUCUCUCCUCCCGCGUCGCCACCCUCCGCGACUCCCGAGGCGACGUCGAGGGUGCUCGCCGUGCUCGGCUUAUAGCGACCAAGCUCGACCAUGGUCUUAGCCUUAGGUUCUGGCCCACCAUCUGGUCAAUGGGUUGGGAUUACCUCAGAAACUAUGCUUGGCGUGAUACGAUGUCGUUUCAAGACGCUUUUGGAAUUGCCGCUGAUUUCAACGAGUUGCUGAGUUCACUCAGUGAGUUGGGUCGGUUGAAGUCCGAUUCUCAGAGAGCUGCUUGGGUUGCUCGCCAUUACGGGAAUUUGCUUCGUGUUUCUAAAUCUAUGUUCAAUCGGUUGCUCUCAAUUUUCAGCAAAUCUGGGCCACUGAGAGAAUUGGUAGAGACAUUGAAGGAAGAAAUGGAGGGUGAGUUUUUGAAAGAUUGUCUUGAGGUUGGUAGUAAUGAUUUGAAGGGUAUAGUUCAAAUUAUAAAGGAAUUAUCUUCUAAAUAUACAAAUGUUGGUCACCAAGAACUCUAAUUUUUAUUUUAGUUGUUCUUUUUGGUGAGGGAAAUUGUUGUAUGUUUGGGUUUCGAAAGGGGUAUAUUCGGUUUAUUUGUGAUCUUAAGCUAAGAAAGUUUUUGUAGUAAUAGAACUUAGUACUAAACUAUUAAAUGUGAAAGAUUAGCUAACUUUUUUGCCAUUUUACAUGGAUAAGUCUAUAUGAUUUGUCAAGGGUAUGUAUAUGUCCUAGUGUUGGACGGCUGUGUUGAAUUUCUGGAAUUUAAGUGCUCGUUUGAAAUCCAUGAUCGAAGUAUCAAAUAUCCGGCGUGGGUAGUUUAGACAAAAGGAACGAUUUGUGAAUUGUAAUCUGGCAUACAUUAUAAGUAGAAGAAGUUGAUUUCAUCA